AUGCCAGCCACUGCAGGCUGGGUAAAGAUGCCUCAGAGCAACAGGGUUGCUGUGUCUGCAUCCCUGAGGACGCAUGCCAUCUGGACAGACAGCGUUGGCUAUGAUCCUUACGCGCCAGAGAAGGCGGCAGUUCCUGAAGACGAUUCUUUGAAGGAUAAGGCGAAGGAGCUGCUCACGCUUGCAAGGCUUACUGGCACGCUGUCUACGCAUACGCCUGGCGCAUGCACGAAAUGCAAUCAGGUGGGGCAUCUCGCAUUCCAAUGUAGGAAUGACGUGCGACUUGCGGAGUCGAAGGAGCAGACGGAGGCGCUUGCGCAUGUACUCAAGAAGAAGGAAGAAGAGGAAGACGAUGAACGCUUGCGAAGAGCCUUAGGCAUUGGCAGUGAUGACGAGGCACCCAAAAGGCCGGUGGCUAAGAGAAUGCGUUCCCCGAGCACCAGCAGCAACAGCAGCAGCAGCAGCAACGACCAUAAUAAGAAGAAGCGGAAGAGCAAGAAGCACAAGAAGGACAAAAAGAGCAAGCACAAGAAGUCGCACAAGAAGAAGAGUCGGCACUGA